ACUUAAGAGAACUUUUCAUGGUUUUUACUAUAUUGUAGUGCUUCCUACUCUAAUUCCAGGACUUUCUGCUUCUUGUUUGCAAUGACAGGAGCUACCUGGAAAUGGAAAAAAAGUUCAAGAUAUAUGUUUACAAAGAAGGGGAGCUUCCACUAUUUCAUGACGGUCCUUGCAGGCUGUUGUACACUAUAGAAGGACAGUUUAUCAAUAAGAAGGAGGUUAAUAAAAAGUUCCGAACCUACAAUCCUGAGAAAGCCCAUGUAUUUUACCUUCCUUACAGCGUAACAAGGAUGCGCCAAUAUAAUUGGGUGCGGGGUACGCCUAUGAAACGCUUAGGGGGGAUCGUCUUAGACUACAUAAACGUUAUUGCAGGGAAAUAUCCCUUCUGGAAUCGAAGCCUUGGCGCUGACCAUUUCAUGCUUUCUUGCCAUGAGGGCCUGCAACUAGUUUACUCCAUCCGUGCUCUGUGCAAUGCAAACACCUCCAAGAGGUUCAACCCCAAGAAGGACGUGUCCAUUCCAGAAAUUAGUCUCAAAAGCAGUAGGCUAGAGGGCUUGAUUGGCGGGCCGUCUCCAUCACAGCGUACAAUCCUGGCAUUUUUUGCAGGGGGGAAUCACGGUUUUGUAAGACCAAUGCUGUUUAGGCAUUGGGAGAAAAAGGAUCUGGAUGUUAGAGUUCACAAUUACCUUCCAAAACGAGUACCUUACUAUGAUCUAAUGAGGCAGAGUAAGUAUUGCCUUUGCCCCAGUGGUUAUGAAGUUGCGAGUCCGAGAGUUGUUGAGGCCUUGUACAAUGGCUGUGUUCCAGUGCUGAUUUCGAAAAGUUAGGUGUCGCCAUUUAGUGAUGUCUUGAAUUGGAAGAUGUUCUCUGUGACGGUUUCCCUGGAAGAUAUUCCAAAUCUGAAGAAAAUAUUGAUGAGUAUACCAGAAAGGCAGUAUAUAAAAAUGCAGAAGAGAGUGGUCCAAGUGAGAAGGCAUUUCGAGUUGCAUGUGACUCCCAAGAGGUUCGAUGUAUUCCAUAUGAUCCUUCACUCUAUUUGGCUUAGAAGAUUGAAUGUCAAAGUCAGUAAUGAACCUGGAAAUAUUUUGGAUUGAUGAAU